GACAGCCCGCUCAAGCACUACGACACACCGACCGGCGUUACACUUCAAGUCGACUUCGCCUGGAGCAAGUUCCGCAACAUCGUCAGCGAAAAGAAUGGUGACAAGCUCACACCACUCUAUAUCCAGCACUUUCGCCCAACAAAACCCCAGUUGCGCAUCGAGGAUGCGACCACCAACACCCAGAUUUCGACCGGCACCAUCAACCACGUCUCCAUCGCCGCAGAAUGCACGAUACACGGCCAGACCAUAAAUAUCAAGCCGCUUAAAAAGUGGAAGACAGCAUACAACUACCUUUCCACCACUCUAUCCUCAACUGCCAGUCCGGUACCAAUCACAUGGAUCACCAACAGCAGCCUAAAAAUCUGGGACUUUGUUUGUAUCGACUCAAGGACACAGCUACCGAUCGCCAAGUUCUCGGUCAAUUGGUGGGCGCUGAAGGUAGUCGGUAACUUCCACUUCGAGCAGAGCGCAGCCGAGCUGUCGAAAGAAGUCCGCGAUGAGGUUGUGACACUCGGUCUGACGAUCUUGUACGUUAUG